AUGGAAGUCAAACGAUAUUUCGGGGCUUGUGAAUAUAUUGGGACUAGCUUUUUUGGCUGGCAAAGUCAAGGCACAGAAAAUGCUACAGUAGCUGGGCUGAUAGAAUUCGGCAUAAAACACAUUUUAGCAAAACCUAUUAAACAAGGAAAUAUUGAAUUUGUGGAACUAAAAGGGUCAAGCAGAACAGACACAGGAGUCCACGCAAUUUAUAACACUUUUCACAUAGACUUCAAGCGAAACCCACAGUUUGGCAUGAUUCCUCCUGAAAACUUGUUAAUAGGACUGAAUAGGAGUUUUGAGAAAAAUAAUGCAGGCAUAAAAAUCCUAGAAAUGCGAGAAGUCCCAUUAGAUUUUCAUGCAAGAUUUUCAGCAGUUUCCCGUGAAUAUAUUUACAAGCUAUUUAUUGGUCCAGAAUCAGUGUUUUUAUUAGAAUUUUAUUGAAUUUUAGAAGAAUUAAAUAUCAAUAAGCUUGAAGAAGCUCUAGGAAUUUUUGAAAAUAAAAUCAGCCUAAACGACAUCUGCAAGGUAAAGCAAGAAAAGUAUGAAGACGACCAAGUAAAAAUCGACGCCUGAAUGGACAUAAAAGAAAAUGAAAUCCUCCUGCAUUUUCGAUCAACAAAAUUUUUUUGGCACCAAAUCCGCUAUAUGGUUGGCGCCUUGGUGGAUUUUUCCUGCGGAAAAAUCUCUUUAAAACAGCUUAAUUCCUUUUUCUCAGGGACUGCUGGGAAAAAGCCAAGCCGAGCCCCAGCAGCAGGGCUAUAUCUGGCCAAGGUAGAAUAUGUAUAA